AUGACCACCAUUGAAGAGAAGCUCAAUUCAACAGGUGUGAACAGUGGGACACACAGUUUACUUGAAGAAAUGAAAUUGUUGAAGGAAAUGCAGGACCAUUCUGUGAUAAAGAAGCCAAUCAAUUCAGAGCUAUGGCAUGCAUGUGCUGGUCCAUUGGUAUCUCUGCCACAGGUGGGAAGCCUUGUGUAUUACUUCCCACAAGGCCACAGUGAACAGGUUGCAGUUUCGACCAAUAGAACCGCAACAUCACAAGUUCCCAACUAUCCGAAUCUUCCGUCACAGUUGUUGUGCCAAGUUCUAAAUGCUACGUUACACGCAGAUAAAGAAACCGAUGAGAUCUACGCCCAAAUGAGCCUUCGACCCGUGAAUUCGGAAAAAGAUGUUCUUCCUAUACCCGACUUUGGGAUGAAGCCGAGUAGACAUCCAACAGAAUUCUUCUGCAAGACUUUGACCCCGAGCGAUACGAGCACGCAUGGCGGCUUUUCUGUACCUCGUAGAGCAGCGGAAAAGCUGUUUCCGCAAUUGGAUUUUUCAAUGCAACCUCCAACUCAAGAGCUUAUCGUUCGAGAUUUACACGAUAACACAUGGACAUUUCGUCAUAUAUAUCGGGGGCAGCCGAAACGACACCUACUAACUACCGGUUGGAGUAUGUUUGUUAGUGCAAAAAGGCUUAAACAAGGCGACGCCGUUCUCUUUAUCAGGGAUGAGAAAUCACAGUUAUUGUUGGGAGUGAGGCGAGCAAAUCGUCAACAAACGUCUUUGCCGUCAUCGGUUUUAUCGGCCGAUAGCAUGCACAUAGGAGUCCUUGCUGCUGCAGCUCAUGCCGCUGCUAAUCGAAGCCCGUUUACAAUAUUCUACAAUCCGAGGGCAUGUCCAUCGGAAUUCGUCAUUCCGUUGGCGAGAUUUCGGAAGUCGGUUUACGGGACACAGCUUUCCGUAGGAAUGAGGUUUGGAAUGAUGUUUGAAACCGAUGAAUCAGGGAAACGCAGAUAUAUGGGCACAAUUGUCGGUAUAAGUGACGUGGAUCCGUUACGAUGGCCCGGCUCUAAGUGGCACAAUCUUCAGGUCGAGUGGGAUGAGCCUGGUUGCGGUGAUAAGCAAAGUCGAGUGAGUCCAUGGGAUAUCGAAGCCCCAGAAAGUCUCUUCAUUUUCCCGGCUCUCACUUCGAGUCUUAAACGACCGUUCAAUUCGGCUUUUCUAGGAGCACAAACCGAAUGGGACAAUAUGGUAAGCCGGCCAUUCAUGCGGGCCCCAGAAACCGUAAACGGGAACUUCUCGAACCCUUCGAUGUCAAGCUUAUGGUCGGAACAGCUGAUCAAGAUGUUGAUGAAACCUCAAAAUGGUAAUAAUGCAGCAUCCAUUUCACCUGUUCACGAUACUUUUGCCGCUAAUAGAACCCCGUUACAAUCCGAAAACCGCCCACAAUUUCACCUCAUUCAACCCAACACCACCACCAACACCGCUAAUGUAACAUCAAUUUCACCACCACAAUCCUCCACAAAUCUUUUGGGAAACCAACAACCCCAACAGAAACCCACGAACCAAACACCGGUUUCCAUUUGCUCAGAAACAAUGAAAUCCGAGUCGAUGCAGGUUACGUCUUCAAAGCCGAUCAACAGUCCGCAGAAUCUUGUACACGAGCUACCGUUUCUUAACCAGUUAUCACCGUUUGAUUCCAGCAUACUCCAUGCUCAACAAUUUGAUUCACCGCAGAUCGAUUCUUCGAGUCUUAACGGAUUAUUCCCGUACCCCGAUACCAACGUAUUGAAUCCGUAUCCAUCUCUCGGACAAGAAACAUGGGAUUCACAUGUGAAUAAUAACUCGAAAUGUUUCUUCCAACCAAAUACAGGACCUUCAAAUGUGUAUGGUUUCAAAGACUUAUCAGAUGAGAGCCACCACAAUAGCCAAAGUGUCAAUGCCUAUAAUUGCCUCAAUUUCGAAGGUAGCAAUGGCGGCAGCACGGUGGUUGAUCCUUCGGUCUCGAGUACCGUUUUGGAUGAGUUUUGCAACUUGAAAGAUAUCGAGUUCCAAAAUCCAUCAAAUUAUUUAGUGAGCAACAAUUUUAGCUCGAGCCAAGACGUUCAGUCGCAAAUCACUUCAGCGAGUCUUGUCGAUUCUCAAGCUUACUCGGUGCAAGAAUUGCCGGAUAACUCAGGUGGGGCGUCUUCUAGCAACGGAGAAUUCGAUGAUAGCGGACUUUUGACGAAUAAUUCGUGGCAACAAGUUGCUGCUCCUCCUCGUGUACGAACCUACACAAAGAUUCAAAAGGCAGGGUCGGUGGGGAGGUCUAUCGAUGUUUCGAGUUUCAAGAACUACGAUGAACUUUGUUCGGAAAUAGAAAAGAUGUUUGGGCUCGAGGGACUUCUUAAUGAUUCGAGAGGAUCCGGUUGGAAGUUGGUGUAUGUAGAUUUCGAGAAUGAUGUCCUUCUCGUUGGAGACGAUCCAUGGGAGGAAUUUGUCGGGUGUGUGCGAUGCAUCAGGAUUCUAUCACCUUCGGAAGUUCAGCAGAUGGGUGAAGAGGGAAUGCAGCUUCUCAACAGUAACGCAGCAUUGCAGGCGGGGAUCAACGGUGGCCCGUUGUCGGACAACGGGGCCCGCACUUGGGUUGGGCCCACGUGAUCCAACGGUCAUCGUGGAUGAGAUGAGAGGUAGCGAAAAGAUUGCGAAAAUCUGUUUGGAUUGUUGUUUGUAGAUGUGAAAUGAGUGAUGAGAGCUUAGUGAGGAAAACAUCCUGUUGUAGCUUAUGAGAUACUGUUAAGACGGAAGGAUUGUUAACAUUUGAAAA